UGCUGGUCCAGCCAGUGGGCCUGGACUGGAAACCUUCUCCAUCCCAUCCACGACUGCAAAACCAAAAACUUCUCUCUCGCAUUCUCACACGCACGUCCGACCGAGCUCCAGCUGACGAUGACUGCGAAAAACCGACAGAAGAACAGCGAGAAAAGCGCCGCAUCCAGCCAAGAAGAUGCGCCAAAGAAAAACCCAAAGAGCAGCAGCAGCAGCAGCAGUAACGGGGUUAGUGGCCCCGCAGCUCAGGGGCCACGAUCAGGAAGCUGCUUAGGGCUUCUUGUGACGACAGUGUUUUAUAUCGCGUUGAUAGGCGCUGCAGGGUUUGCUGCUUUUUAUUUACAACAAGUGGUGGAGGAGAUCCGUCAGACUAACGCAAAGCACGAGGAGAGCGCAAAACAGAGCGCAGAGCUGAGCAGCAAAAUGGAGAGUGUCUUUCAACAGGUGGAGUCUCUGAGGAGCGUUGUGGACGGACUGGAGUCAUCACUGGGCAUCACCCGGGUGGAGCUGGAGGGAGCCGUCAGCCGGAUGAAGAGGGGCGAAGUGGAGACGAGGAGGGUGGAGGAGGCCCUCCAGAAGCUCCAGAACGAUCUACUCAGGGACCUUUCAGAGGGCAUCAACGAAGUGAAGGAGGCUCGAGAGAAGGACUUCUCCUCUCUGGAGAAGACUGUGGAGGAGCGUCUGGCUGAGGUGAGUCAGUCCAUCAAAGCCAGCGUGGCCGAGUUCACCGAAGCUCAGGGCGAAGCGCAGAGCCAGCUGGCCGACCUUAAAGCCCGGCUGGGCGACGUAGAAGACCCUUCCCUCAUCAAACAAGAACUGUCCGCCAUCGUUGAUGCUGUAGCUGAAAUCAAAGCAGCCAAAGUAGGAGCCGAUGCUUCAGCUGAUUCACUCAGAGAGCAGAUCGGUGCAGUGAGGGAGGAGCUCCAGACUCGCAACCACGAAGUAGCUUCACUGUCUCAGGAGAUAGAAACGGUGAGGUCAGUGGUUCAGGAGGCGACCGGGAGUCUGAAACAGUCAGUGUCUGCUGUAGAGGUCGGAGUUCAGGCGCUGAAGGACAAAACUGUGACACUGGAGAGCAGCGUGGAGCAGCUCACUGAUGCUGUUCGUAACGUGGAGAAGCAGGUGAAUGAAGCAGCUGAUCAGGCGCAGAGAAGAUCCGAAGACAUAGAAACCAGAGUGAAAGCAUCGGAGGAGAGUGGAGACUCACUGUCAGCAUCGGUGUCAGACGUCACCUCCAAGGUAGAGUCGCUAUUCGCCAAAUACGACGCGCGUGAGAGUGAACUGGCUGCUCAGGGGGAGGCUGUGAACAAAGCCACGGGUGGUUUGGAGCAGGAGCUGGAGGCCGUGAAGAGCAGAGUGGAGGAGCUCCAGUCCAACAUGGCUGCUUCAGGGGACUCCAGCCAGGUGGAGGAUCUGCAGAAGAGGCUCGAUGCUCUGGAGGACAGCAGCAGCAGGAUGAAGCCGGAGCAGCUGGAGAGCUUGAGUAACAUGGUGGCUGGGUUGGAAAGCAAAGCAGCCAAGCUAGAAGGCCACGAUCAGGCUAUUGCUGCUCUCCAGGAGGCUCUGCAGAAGACCACACAGACACUCGCAGGUUUAUCCAAAGCUCCCGAGAAGAAGGUAAAGUAGGUUCACAUCAGGGUACUGAGACAUCCAACAGCGGGGACGAUACUGAAUCCAGACAGGUGACUACAACCCACCUCUCUUACUUUCUAGAAGGAGCAUUUCUCAAACUUGAGGGUUGAUGUCAUGAUGUUGCACACAGGAAAAACAGAGAGAGGGACCGAGCUGGACUGCUGAUCUGUGAAUCCAAACCCACACUCAUUCUGCACUGUAGUUUGUAUUUUCUAAUGUUUUUAAUGUUUUGUUCAACCUUUUUUUCUGUGCCAGGGCUGUUUUUUGAACCUCCAAAUGCAAUAACAAGCUCUUUUUGAGCACUCCUUUGUUUACUCAAUACAUGAUGUUGGUUGUUUUCUUUUUUACAAGAAUAAAAAAUCUUGUCGACUCUAA